AUGAAUUUCCUUGAUACUUAUGGGCUGACUGGGACGGGUACGAACACGCCGCCCGUGAAUGCGCUCCCAGAACAGAGCCUCAAUGAAGAGGUUUCUCAGGUCAUCGGCCAGCUCGGAAAGUUCUGGGGAGGGUUCAGGAAGCAGAGCGAAACUGCGUUCGCAACUGCGCGCAAGGAUUUCGGCGAGGUAGUCACACAAGCGCAGAAGGAGCUUGGCAAACUCGCUAUAUCAACCGAAACCCCUGCCAAUGAUGCUCACACUAGUGAAGCUGAGGACACCUCUGACAAAGAGAGCGAGAGCGAGUGUGGCACAGCUCCUGAGACGCCUACUGCAGAAUCGCACAGCGCAGAAGGCUCAAUUUCGAUUUCACAAUCAUUCUUUGCUCGCCUCCAAUCUUCGCUUCCGCCUAAUAUUGUCUCGAAUGUCCAAGCUCAGCUUCCUGAAAGUCUCAAACACCCACAAAGCAUCGAUCUGUCACAGUUGCGGACGACGCUAACUACCGAAUUUCAGCGCGUCCAGGGGGUGACGCGUGCGCAGGCGGAGGAAUAUGUCCACAAGAGCGAACAUCUGCUGCGGGAAGCUAUGAAGGAAGCCAGUGAAGCCCUGCGAGACGCGGUGAAGGUAAUUCCACCAGAGGAGGGCGAAGGAUAUUCAAAUCAGGGUCUGGUUUGGGAUGGAUCUGACGUAUGGAUGCUACCGAUGGAAGGAGGGGAUGUCAAGGGCAAGGGCAAGGAGACGGAUUUGGGCGUUUCGUCGAGGCGACAAAGCGAAGAUGCCCGUCAGGCUGUCGCGACGCGCGCACAAGCGCUGUUGAAGCAGCUGAAGAGUAAUCCUGAGAUCAUCAAGCUUGAUCCCGAUGCUGAUGCGGGGAGGGAGACGUUCCAUGUUUGGGUGUCUGAGGCGCAGAGCAAGGAUGAACACCCUGGUACUAAAUUUUGGUCAGAACGCAUCGCAAGGGCGCUAUCUGAUCCAGAUGAUGGUCAAACGCUGGAAGAGACGUUCAAUGCACUAGUACCUGCCGUUCUUUCUGACGAUGAAUUCUGGACACGAUACUUCUUCCGUGUAUAUCAGAUCGAACAAGAAGAAAUGAGACGCAAGGCUCUUAUUCACGGAGCACACCAAACCGAAGAAGACUUCAGCUGGGAAGAUGACGACGACGAAUCCGUUGCUCCUGAAUCUAAAUCCAUCGGAGCUCUCGAAUCGUCGACCCUAUCACAACGUACGCUGGCACCGAAAGCGGCAGACACGAGCGACGUUCAAUCGCUCCCAAAUUCUUCGCAAUUCAAUACUCCUAUGACCAUGAGUCCUAGGGAAAGUAGUGAGGACAGUUAUGAUGUGGUUUCUGGUAAUGUCAGUGCUGCAGGAGAUGCACAGGAGCAUGUACACAAGGAUGAGGACGAUGAAGAGGAGAGCGACUGGGAGUAA